AUGGAUUCAUCUGCAGUAUUUGAAAUUCCUAAGGGACUGACAAAUGCUUUACAAGAAUUUACCGUUAGUUUGUUAUGCGAAAAGCCAAGUAAUAUUUACGACUUUGCAGCAAGUUAUUUUACCAAACUGUCUAAGGAGAGGAAGAAAUCAUUAAACGAUGAGAUCAGUGAUUCAGAUGAUAGUGAAAAUGAACAACGAUAUCGAAGAAGAAAAUCAGUAUCUGCUGAGUCCUAUGCUCCAGACCCGUUUGAAGAUGAUGGAAUAAGUGGAGUUUAUCAUUUCAAAACGGAGGAGCAAAGAAAGCGAUUGGAUGCUUCCGUUAAGACGUCUUUCCUAUUUAACAAUCUUGAUGAGGAAAAAAAUGCUGAAGUUCUAGAUGCUAUGUUUGAGAGAAAGGUCGAACCUGAAGAACAUGUCAUUGAUCAAGGAGAUAGUGGUGAUAACUUCUACGUUAUCGAUAGUGGUGUCUAUGAAGUCGUUGUUACUUUGAAUAAUGUCGCAAAAACGGUAACAACUUAUCAAGGUUCUGGCAGCUUUGGUGAAUUGGCUUUAAUGUAUAAUACACCGAGAGCUGCUACUAUUAUUGCCAAAAGUGAGGGAUCUUUAUGGGCUCUGGAUCGCACUACCUUUAGAAGAAUCUUGAUGACUGCUUCGGCCAAGAAGAGAAAAGUAUACGAAGAAAUCUUAGGGUCCGUCAGCAUUCUGAAAAGCUUAGAAAAGCAUGAAAGAAUGAGUUUAGCUGAUGCUCUUGAAACGAGACGAAUCAAGGAUGGCCAAGCAAUUAUCAAACAGGGAGAUGAUGCGGAUGCCUUCUAUUUUGUCGAAAAGGGAGAGUGCCAAGUUGUGAUAGAGAAAAAUGGAGUAGAAACUGAAGUAACUCGCUUAAAAGUCGGCGAUUAUUUCGGAGAAUUAGCCUUAAUUACUCAUAGUAAGCGUGCUGCAUCGGUUUAUGCCUUAGGAGAUGUAAGCAUAGCAGCUUUGGAUGUUGCAGCAUUCGAGCGCCUGUUAGGUCCAUGCAUGGGAAUAAUGAAACGAAAUUCUCGCCGUUAUGAAAAACCAAAAUAA